AUGGCCCUCGUCAUGUCACGCUGCGCCGCUGGUAUGCUUGCCUUAGUAGCAAGGACAAGCCUUCCUGUCAUUGUUGCUGGCUACCCACCAAUUCAAGCUUCAGCUGUGACCGUCGACCGUUGGGAUUACAUUUGGUUUAUCUUGGCUACAAUCGUCUGCCUGCAGCUGGUCCUCAGUUUAGUCGUGGUAUUUACGGCGACGCGCGUGGUCAUUCCGCCCGAAGGCGCCAUGUCUAUCGCCAAGGUGUUGCACUUUAUGGUCCUCGACAAGGACCCAGAACGCAAGGUACUACUUCUUGAAGCAUAG